GCACACUUCGUGAGGCUCACGGGCUUUUUAUGCGUCAAACGGUAGGCAUCUAACACGCAUUUGGCUUUGACAGUUUCCUUCUUGAAAAAUGGCUUCGAUGCUGCGUUCCGGGAAAUUUGUCCGCUAUUUUGCGGGAUUCACGAGGAGUUUCAUAUUCAAUUCGACACGUGAAGCUGAAGAGGGUUUGGUGCAAAACACACAAUGUUUGUGCGGUGCGCUAACACACCCUUUUUCAACGGCUGUUCCGAAACCAACCCAAAAUGUUGACAAAUAUUUGAAAAGACUUGAUCAAGAUGUUCGAAGAUCAGGUCGCAUAUCCCGACACGAUAUUGAAGAAGUUUUGGAGGAGAUUCGUCAGCAACGCUCAGCCACUAGCUCUCAGUCAUUAUUGGUAAUACGAUGCUGUGGCAAUUUAGUUCCGGAAGAAUUGCCUGAAGUACGUACCGCGCUCGUCCAGGAAAUAUGGAAGACUCUUAACUCACUCAAUGUUCCGAUGGAUAUUUCGCAUUAUAAUGCAUUGUUGCGUGUAUACCUAGAAAACGAACACUCGUUCUCGCCCGCUGACUUUCUGUCGGAUUUGGAAACAAAAGGUGUUGAACCAAAUAGGGUGACCUACCAACGUUUAAUUGCACGAUAUUGCCAACAAGGGGAUAUAGAUGGAGCUACGAGAAUUUUGGAAUUUAUGCGUGAGAAGGAAAUGCCAGUGAAUGAAAACGUUUUCAAUGCACUCAUUCUGGGACAUUCUCAGGCUAAUGAUCUAGAAUCAGCUACCGGUAUUCUGGGUGUAAUGAAACAGGCUGGUUUAGAACCAAGCGCAGAUACGUAUGCAACGUUGCUUUGCAGUUAUGCACGUCAUGGCCAAUUGGAUUCGAUAUUAAAGGCAUUGGAGGAAUGUGAUAAAAACGAGAUUUAUCUGCUUGAUAAAGAUUUACUUGACGUUGUUUAUGCUCUAGCAAUAAACGGCCAUAAGGAAAAAGUAAACGCUGUCUUAAAGAAGCUCCGUAAAUCGGCGGGAUACAACCAGGAAGCUGUGAACACAGCUCUUCGAUUGACAAAUAAGGGAUACGAAGAUGUUGCGUACGAAGUCGUAAAAACUAUGCCGCGAAACACUAAAGCCGAUGGAGAAUUACUCGAUACAGGUAACUUUUUCAUCAAACAAUUAGUGAAAGUUGGUCGAUCUGCGGAGAGAAUUGUGACAAUUUGCAACGAUAUGAAGGAGAAUGGUUUGCAUUCUAAGCCAUUGUUAGUAGCAGUUGAAGCAGGUCUUAACAUGGGGGCAGUAGAUUUGACUUUACUUUUGCUACGUGAAAUGCAGAAAACGGAAUUACCCUUACGUCAACAUUACUUUUGGCCUCUUCUGUGUUCAUCAUCGCAGGAUGGUAUCGUAGGCGUAUUGAAAAGAAUGCAGGAUGAAUUCGAUGUUCAUCCAAAUGGUGAAACAUUACGCGAUUACGUCAUACCAAAUCUCAAAGAAAGAAACCCAGAACGUAUUGUGGAUAUUUUAUGCGACGCAGGCGUUAGCCCAGCCUCAGCUACUGCUGCUGUUGUUUAUCACCUUCUAAAUCUGAAUAAAUUGAAAGAAGCAACGAAAAUCGCAUUGCAAACGAAGUCUUAUUACAAUCCUGGUCUAUUCCGGAAACCGUUGAUUUCUGCACUGGGAAAGACUAAUGACGUUGAUUCUUUCCUAAGAUUCGUUCGUUGUUUUUAUGAUGGUUUGAGUAGGCAAACGUUUUUCCAACAGAAUCAAUUGGAGAAUAAGGAUGAAUACAUUAGUGAAGGCAAGAAAGUUAGUCAAGCCGAUCAGUUAGGGCAGCUGAUUUAUGAAUUGGUGAAUUAUUCAAAGGUAAAUCGUGUUGAAAAAAUGGAGCAGAUUCUGUCGGGACUAGUAUCUGAAGGCUUGUCUAUAACUAGUGCCCAAGCAGAGAAGAUCCAGGAAAAGUUCGGUUCUGAAAUGACAGCGAGAAUAUCAGAGUUGCUGGGCAAAUUGAGUUCAGGUGAACUAGAACCCGUAGAAGUAGAGAAAGCAGAUGGUGGGCGUCGAGUUGGAUUGCAGAACAUGUCUAUUCCCCACAUCGAGAAAGUGCUUGCGACUGCCGAAGCGAAAAACGAAAAUACUAAUGGAUUAAAACGAACUUUGCUGGUAGCUUGUUUCAGAUCAAAGGACAUUAAAAAAACCGAGGAAGUUCUCUCAAAAUUAGAAAAUGAAAACUAUGUUUUAGGAAGUGGAGUAUAUGCACAACUUAUAGAUCUUUAUUGCCAUCACAACAAUCUAGAAAAAGCAUUAGAGGUGUAUGGAAGGGUAAAAGCAAAAGAAGCAGAUUUUGUUCUCGAUAAUUUGAAAACUAUUCACGUUGUGGAACUCAUGGUUAAAGCGGGCAAACUGAAUGAAGCAGUUGAAUUUCUCAUAAAUAACAAGAAAGAUGAACUUCAAAGUGAAGAGAAGAAUUUCAAUUACAAGACCAGUUGUUGGCGAGUUCUGAAUAGUAUGGCUGAGACUGGUAAUGACGAGGAUUUGCAGCACCUAUUCAAUACGCUUGUAGAUAACAAUUACAUUGAACCGUCAAAUGUAAUGCUGGGUCCGCUUGUUAAGGUAUAUUUGCUUGAGGGAAAUACUAACCUUAAUAAAGCCAUGAGCAAAUUUGAAGAUAUAUGUAAUAAAUAUCAAGUGACACCUUGGAAGAACGAACUAGCAUGUCGUUUAAUCCAAGCUGAAGAUGCCGCUAAUCUACAACGGUUGACAGAUUUAAGCACUAAUAUUCACGGGGAGGUGAACAGUUUAUAUGAUUUGGUAUUUUCAUUUAUCGACUGCGGCAGAAUUCGUCAAGCGAGAAAAAUCUUGGAAACUCCCGGGCUCCGAAACAGGCCGCAACGUAUUAAUGCUGCUUGUGAGAGAUAUCGCAGCGAAGGAAUGAUUCAAUCGUUAGAAGGACUAAUUGAAGCGACGAAGGAUUUGAAUCAUAUUGAUCGGGCUGAUAUAUACUAUAACUUGCUGCUUAGCUAUUGCAAAAAUGAUGAAGUUAACAAGGCGUUAAGCUUGUGGACGAAAAUGCAAGAAGAUGAUAUCACGCCAACGGAUGCGUUUUUAGUGAAGCUUGCCGAGUUUUUGCGGAAGAAGAAAAUUGACAUUCCCUUUGUUGUGCCAAAUGAUAAAUGGGUUAAGAAGUCGUCGGAAGCUGCACCUAGAAUUGAAGAAGAGAAACACCUACCCAUAAAGGAAAACAACCGGAAAGGACCAUCUCUGAAUCAGUACAGAGAAGCUGUUAAACGUGGGGACAUUGAAACUGCACAGUUAAUACGUGAACAAUUAAAUGAAGGAACAAAGUUUAGCAUUGGCGAUCAUUCAAUCAUGGUAGAAGCUCUAGUGAAGGCUGGCCGUUUGAACGAGGCCACUAAGUAUGUUUUUGAAAUGCUUGAUGAAAAGUUAUACCCUGUGCCACGCAUACUAAAAUUCUAUCUAAACAAAGUUGCAAACGCAGGUGAUAUUGGAGUGAUCGAACGGAUUGGUGAAACGAUAACAGAUGAAACUAAACGUUUAGUAUCUUUCGAUAAUAAAUUAUGCCAUGCACACAUUGUGGCUGGAAAUGCUGAAAACUAUUUGAAUGGCCUUAUGAACGAUUUCGACAACGCGAAAACCGACGAAAAGUUAGGAGAAUUGGCUAGCAAAUUCCCUCGGGGCGGAGCUCUAGGAAUUCUCGACAGUAAUCCAAAUCUUUAUCCAAAAUUUGAGGAACUUGCCGUUAAGUAUGCUUCGAAGAACUAUUUUGGGCCGAUUAACAUUUGUUGGAUUUAUAAUAUUAUUGAAAAAAAUAAUGAAAGUAGUAAAAACCUAUGGGACAAAUAUCUUUCAACACAUCCGCAACUAAUGUUCCAACGCGUUCUGCAAAAGGCGCGCGAAAGCCAAGACGACGAAAUAAUGCGUGGGCUCGUUAAUACCCUGCGCACUGGUAAAGUUAGUGAAGGUGCUAUUGGGAAUGCCUACAGUUGCUGGCUUGAUAUACUCUCAACGAAAGAGAAGUUUAACGAAGGAUUGGAAGUUUUAAAUCUGGCUAUUAAAGAUGUUUGCUUAGAGCAUAUAAAUAGGACAGCGCUAAUGCGCUUACGCGAUGGAAUAAUAAAAAGCGGAAAACAGUUUCCAUACAAAAUUCCGGAACGACGUCCGAGAAAUGACAUGUCAAGCAGUAGCAGUUCAAGUACCAGCGACAGUAGUAGUAGCGAUGAUGAUAUUGAACGAGUGAAAAAACCGGAAGGACCGCCGCGGCCAGGACCAAAUUUUUGAAUUAGAUAAGCAGUGGCGUUGAUUAGUUAAAGGAAAAAUCAUGUAACUUUGUGUUUCGAGUCAAAGGCAUUCUAAAAGUGAUGUAUUUAACAUAAUAACAAUAGUUGUAUCGAAGAGUA